GAGUAGCUUGGGUCAUGACCAAAGAGCGAAGGAUCCAAAAGUCAGCUAACUGGACAGAUCAAGAUUUAGAUUUGUCUUGUUUUGUUUUGUUUUUGUGACCCUUUGUUUUCUCUUUCCUAUUCUAGCUUUUGCCCUGAGCAGCAGCGUACACCACCCGGGCUGCCCGCUUUUGAAUCUGAAUGCGCACUACCCAACUUGUAAACUGUCAACAGACACCAGUUCAGGAAAUUGCAACCAAUUGAUCGCGGGCAAACAGGAUCUGAACUCGCUUCUGCUUCCCGUUGGAGCGCAGCGACCGCCCAGUUAGAGUUGCACCGGCGCCCUGCGCUCCAGCCCUGGCGGAGGGUUGGUCUUCCGCGCGCAGUCGUGCGGCGCUUUUCCGUGGUUCUGCGCGGGGUCCAGCCCCCCACCUCUGCUCCUAUAAGCAAAAAGGAGAGCGACUCCUGUUUGCAGUUCUGGGAUUUUACCAUCUCCGCCAAGUCGCUGGGCUUCUGCCUCCCAGAUCCGCCUCGAGCCAGCUCGAGAUCUCCUCUCACCCUCAGCGCCCGCAGCUGGGACUGUCCGCCCCGCCUUCGCCCUAGCCCUCGCCCUGGCCUUGGCCCUGGCCUCUCCUCGGAGGAUGUGGGAGGGAUUCGUCUCCCGCCUCCGGAGCCUCGGAUCCCCACACGCUCCUCUGGCCGCGCAGUGCGGGGCGGGGCGGUGCCCUUGCGCUCUGCUGCGGAGGUGGGCUGCGGACCCCAGGGGCGCAAACGUCCUAGGGGCUCCGACUGUCAGGCGGACGCUGCGCUCUCCUGCUCUCCCGCGCGCGCGGCUGCCCAGCACCGUCGGAUCGGACGGACUGGGCCUGCCUUUGGGAACCGCCCAGUGCCCUCUCCGGGUCGGCGGGCUAGAUAAUCAUCAAACUGACAGGCGGCACACGUCUGGCUUCCACGUCUCAGCAGAAGCGCGAGGGCCGGGUCAGUAAGUGUAAGUCCUAACUGAUUCACCUUCUGGUAAUGAGAACACCCCAAAAGAAGCUUUCGGGUCCUUUGAAGAGGGAUGGGGGAGGUCCUCAUGAGUGUAGGGGCUUUUGUUCCACAUUUAGGCCAAAGAUGGGCAUUGUGGGUGAGACCAUCCCAGUUUUCUACACUCACUGGAAUACUCCUCACCCAUUGAAGAGUCUUGACUAUUUCCCUGACUCUUCUUAGAGAGAGGUAAUUAUCUUUCCAGAACAGCAGGUUGUUACUGUUCCUGCCUCUUUAAAAAUCAAACACCUGUUUAGCGGGGAAGGUCAUACUGCAUUCUCCAAAGCUGUUCAAGAAUGGACACAGUCAUGUAAGCGUUCGCUGGUUCUGCACCAGAAGGUCUCACUCCCUGGUAGGAGCAUAUGAUGGACAAAAAGGAGGCAAAAGGAAAAGCUUUAAGGCUUUUGGAAAUAGGGACACAUCGUGUAAACUCAGUGACACGAAAUACACAGUGCUGUUUUCAAAGGUCAGAGGCUCAAAUAGAAGAGGUACAUUCCCAAUCGCCUUGGUGAAUAUUUUCAACUUUCUGCUUAUCAGGCAAAUGGUCAUGUCUUACAUGCAACAUUCUUGGAUGUCCACACCCCCUCUCUCCAGGACUAAUACAUAUAGGGCAUAUGGCAUUUUUUCUGGGAUUCUUCCCUGAGAAAAAUUCCUGGAAAGUUUUGUGAUUGUAAAGGUAUUAAGUUUUUACUAAGGCCAACCUGUGACAGUAAGAAUACUGUUGCAAAAAAACCCCACAAAUUUAAAUAUGGAGUCAAAGCAUAAACUUGUUUCCCACUUAGAUAAUUUGAAGUUCUUUGACUUUCUGGGGGAAAAAAGUCCUGAAGCCAUUUUCCUAUCUACGAAGAAAUAGUUCUAUAACUGAAUCUCUAACGAUUCACUCGUUCAAGAAAACUACCACUCACAGUUCUCCUUGAAUGUCUUGAACAGUGUGAUGCCUCAUUUUUACCUUAUUUCAUGGAAACGUUUUCCCCCUUUUCUAUUCAUCUUUGAAUUGUUGUGCUUUUGAGUUUUUACUCUGGCGACUCCCUCUGUGUACUCUCUUAUCCUCUUCCACUUUUCCAGAAGUGCAGUCAUAAAAUUAUACAUUCUCUGGGUAACACUCUGACCUGGUUAAAGGCCAGUCGUGUGCUUGAGAACAGCUAUUAGAAUCCACAUGCUAAUACCCUGUAGAUCAAUAAUCAUUCCUGUAGAGAAGCUUUAAAGAAGGGAAUAAAGAAAAUGAGACUGAAAAGAAAAAGCAAAAUAAGUUAAUAAAUCAAAUAUGCUCCUAAUAACCUUCAAUCUUGGGCUUGCUCCCAAUUUAGUUUGCUGCAAACCUCAAACUCAGACCUUCUGGAGUCUCAUUAGUUCUGUUAAAGACUUGUCAGGAUUGACUAAUUGUGCUCUGUAGAGUCCCAUUCUUAGUCUAAGGGAAAUGAAAGGGCCCAUCAAAUAAAACACUCCAAGAUUUGAAUGGUUAGUUUCCACUUUCUCUAAUCACUAAAGAAAGGAGGCAAGUGCAAAAGGCGGCCUGGACUCUAGAACAUUCUAUUUGAAAUGUAUGCAGAGAGAAUGAGAAUAUAUCAGUAAAGAAAAUGCAUGAGUAUGUGAAAAUCUCUAUCAUCUUUGUGAUAAGCAACUAUUAGUGUGUGUGUGUGUGUGUGUGUGUGUGUGUUAAGCCCUUGGAGAGAGAAAGUUUCCUUGUGGUAUGUACUGACUAACAAUUUUUAAUGUUCUAAUCAGAGAUUAUAUCUUGGAACAACUUUCUUGUAGAGGUGGUUACCUGAUUAAGAACAAGAAAAUAAGCACAGAGAUGUCAUAUCAGAGCAAGAAUCCUAUAUAAGCAAUUAUCUUCAGUAAAGGAAAGGAUCAAAAUUGUUACUUUGUACUUUGCCGACCUCAAUUAUUCAGUAAAAUUGUGCUUUCCAUAUUUGCUAAGAUUUAAACAAUGGAUGGAAACAAUCCAGACUGUGUCCUACAAGACACAGCUGUGGUGAGGAGGCUGAAGGAAAACAACUGUGAUGUGUCAUGUGCUCCUUGCAGGAUUAGAAGUGAGCACAGGUUGUCGAGAUAAGUGAAUAGGGAGGGCAGAGAGGCAUGAGAAAGGCUGAUGUGUUGCUGGAAUUGGAAGUAGUUUGGUAUGACAGAAGCAUCAGGUAUAUCCUAAGAUGUCAGGAGAGAUGAAGGUAGGGUUGAGUUCAAGGAAAGCUUUGAAUGUCAUACUGUGGAGUUGGGGUUUUCUUGUGUAUGUCAGUGUUAUCAGCCUGUACAUGCAGCAACUGUAGUGGGAGAGCAAAUUAAUGAAAGCAUAUAUGCAGGGGAAGCUCAGCAGAUCAUGCAAAACAGAACCGAUUCAAGAAUGCAAAAGAGAAGGAAUUUAACGCAGAAAAUUGGUUACACAAGUGAUGGAAGCCAAGCAGAGGAUGUUGAGGCCACACAGGGAUUAGCAAGAGCAAAGAAUCAUUACUACCUCCAGAUAGAGGGACACAGGGAAAAAGCAGUAUGACUGAAUCCAGGGACCUUGUGCCUCCACUGGAAACAAAAUCACUGCAGACCAUUCCCGUGGGAGCCAGCCAUAGAGGGAGCUGAGGCACUGGUAAGAGGAGAGAGGGAGGGAGAAGAGUACAGUGGCUUCUGGAUUCUCCCUUCCUCCUGCCUCCUAGUUACCUGCCAGUGCCUCCUGUUGGCCAAGGGCAGCCAGCAUCCCAAUGUCCUGGGCGCCUGGAAAUAUGGUCAACAAGAGUCAGCCCUCCAGCAUCAGGGGAAGAAUGGAGCUGAGCAAACAGGCUCAGCCAGACAUUGUCUGUGGCAUGAAUAAAUAUGACUCACCUACCAAUGUAGGUAGAUGUGAUUAUGAUUAAUAAAAAACAAAUUCAUUUCAAAGAGGUUCUGAAUUAAUGGUGGCAGCCUUUUUUCAUUAUGAGCAUAUUCAAAAAGUACUACCAUUAUGAUGUUGGGCUCCGGAUGUUUUUAUAGACUUGAGAAGGUAACUUUAUAUUAGAAACUGAUUAGUAUUAUUUGAAGCAAUUUGGAGAUGUUGGGGAAAUGAAGUGAUCACAUCUGAAUUUCAGAAAAAACACUUUAAUGUCAGAGUAUGCUCUAUUCAGUAAAUGUAAGAGCUUUAGAGUAGGGGCACUAUCCUGUUGUUUUUUUCCCCAGCACAAAUCCUAAUUCCUGACAGUGGGUUUUAAAUACUUGCUGAAUGCAUGUUUGAAUAAGUAUAAGCAUCAUGAGAGUGGAGCCACCUCUGGCAUUUAGUAGAUGCUUAAUUAUAUUAGUUAAGUGAAUGAAUGAAUGAAUGAGGAAAGAAAUGAAGGAAGGAAGGAUAGGGAAAAGGGAGAUAAGUUAGACAACUAUUAGAGUUAUUACAGUAAGAAAUCAAGAAGGACAAAAUUAACGUGGUAGAAAUAAGAGGACCAUUGGGAGAGAUAUUUAAGAAUAGUCUGAGGGUUCUCUUAAACAUGUGGGCUAAAGGAGAUGAAAAAGCCUGUGUAGUUACCUGCUUUUUAGCUUUACGUGGCUUAAUUAAUUAGGAUAGUAUUGACCUAAGUAGGGCACACAGAAGGAUUCUGAGGGUUGAGGUGGGUGACUAGAAAAGAAAGGUGUUAAAACUUUUGUAUUCAGGGAUUAGAGAUGAAAUUCAGAUUGGACAUAUUUUCAUACAGUUCCUAUGUAGGAUUCUGCUGUAUGUCAGGUAGGAAGUUUAUUUCAGAUCAUAAAAAAAGCUGCUGUUUUACACAGCCUACCUAUUUUUAACGCUAAUCCCUACAUUAGAAAAACUGGCUAUGAAACAGAAUCUGCUCAGUUUAUCUUAAAUAUUUUAUGCUCCUAAAGUCCAAGCACCAGGCAAAGGAUUUUAAUAUUUGUCUCUUUUCUGUGCAAUUAGUUGCUAUAUUUAUAAAUGUAAAACAGUCAAGAUAUUGAAGCAAACUUUAUCUACCUUAAAAUUAAUUUGAUGAAUUUAUAGCAGUUAUAAAAUUAAUUGAUAAUGUUUGUAAUAUCCAUCUCACUUAAAAUGGAUUGAAUCAAUUUGGUUGCAUUCACAAAGGAAUUGUGUCUAUACUAUAGACAUUACAUUUUGCCUUCAUAAUAUCCAUAUUUGUGAAUAGACCUAUUAAGGGUCCACUUUAUUGAAAUGUUCUACUAUAUGCAAAUUUAGGGAUCAGAGGACAGGUACUUUGAGCCCCAACCAAAAUGAAACCAACCCAUUUGUGAUAUUCCUUGCACCCUUGAGUUUUCCUCGUUCCAUAUUUGUUCAUUUUUUAAAUUGUAGAUUCUUGUGCUAGUUGAUGAAAAUGGGCCCAUUAGGUGCAGAGGCUGAUGAGAACCAGACAGUGGAAGAAAUGAAAGUGGAGCAGUUCGGUCCAGGGCACACCACUCCUAGAGGGGAGCUGGCCCCUAACUCUGAGCCGGAGCUUAUAGACAGCACGAAGCUGAUUGAGGUACAGAUCGUCCUUAUAUUGGCCUAUUGCUCCAUCAUCUUGCUUGGGGUGAUUGGCAAUUCCUUGGUGAUCCAUGUGGUGAUCAAAUUCAAGAGCAUGCGUACAGUAACCAACUUUUUUAUUGCCAAUCUGGCUGUGGCGGAUCUUCUGGUGAACACCCUGUGCUUACCAUUUACACUUACCUACACCUUAAUGGGGGAGUGGAAAAUGGGUCCCGUCCUAUGCCACUUGGUGCCUUAUGCCCAGGGCCUGGCAGUACAAGUGUCCACCAUCACCUUGACAGUAAUUGCCCUGGACCGGCAUCGUUGCAUUGUCUACCACCUGGAGAGCAAGAUUUCCAAGCGAAUCAGCUUCUUGAUUAUUGGCUUGGCUUGGGGCAUCAGUGCCCUGCUAGCAAGCCCCCUGGCCAUCUUCCGGGAGUAUUCACUGAUUGAGAUUAUUCCGGACUUUGAGAUUGUGGCCUGUACUGAGAAGUGGCCUGGUGAGGAGAAGAGCAUCUAUGGCACUGUCUACAGUCUUUCUUCCUUAUUAAUCCUGUAUGCUUUGCCUCUGGGCAUCAUCUCUGUUUCCUAUAUUCGUAUCUGGAGUAAACUUAAGAACCAUGUCACCCCUGGAGCUGCUAAUGACCACUACCAUCAGCGGAGGCAAAAAACCACCAAAAUGCUGGUGUGUGUGGUGGUGGUAUUUGCAGUCAGCUGGUUGCCGCUCCAUGCCUUCCAACUUGCUGUCGACAUUGACAACAAAGUCUUGGACCUGAAGGAGUACAAACUUAUCUUCACUGUGUUCCACAUCAUUGCCAUGUGCUCCACCUUUGCCAACCCCCUUCUCUAUGGCUGGAUGAACAGCAACUACAGAAAAGCUUUCCUCUCAGCCUUCCGCUGUGAGCAGAGGUUAGACGCCAUUCACUCCGAGGUAUCUGUGACAUUCAAGGCUAAAAAGAACCUGGAAGCCACAGAGAACAAUGGUCCUAAUGAUUCUUUCACAGAGGCUACCAACGUCUAAGGCAACUGCCAUGUGAAAAUAUAUGGAUGAAUUCUGACCAGAGCUGUAAACCUGGUUGAGUGGGGCGUGCAGGUGCAUCCUCAUUUCCCAUUUUAAGGAAGCAUCUGAAUGGAAGCAUCUGCAGUGUAAUUCAUGGAAAACUGGUUGUCAGAGUCUAGUAAAAACACUCAAAUUCAAAGACAAGGCAACAAAAGUUUGCUUACAGUUGCUUAGAUUGUAGGUUGAAUUAUGAAUAAAAGCAGAGAGAAAUGGUUUUGACUGUUUCCCAGAGUGAAGGAAACAUGAACAAGGAGUUGGUGUUAUCAGCAUUGCUAAGAGGUGGUGGGUAAAAAAGUUGACUUUAAAAUCACAUUAGGGCAUAGAACGGGGAUGACGUAUAAUUCACUGCUCCCCCCUCAUCUGAUGAAAAGGCUGUCAACACCAAUUUCCCUAGAAAGCCACAGACUCUUCUCUAUUGUAUUUUGCCUUUUUGUUAUUCUUCCUAUGGACUAAAACCAUCAGAGAACACUGCAGGUAAAUGUUACCAACUAUUUGAAUGACUUCAAGGAAAUAAACCGAAAUUUUCUAUGUAAUUAGUGUUUUGGCAAAUGAUGGGGGGGAAUCUUUACCACCCAGUUAGCCAAUUGUUUUUUAAAACCAAAUGCACAUUUAAUGAAAAGUUUCUUCAACUUAGAAUCAAAGGCUGAAAUUCUCAGAGAAAUGUAAACCAUCAUUUAACUUCUCAUUUCAACUUGUCCCUGCUUUGUAUAGUUACUAUUUGAAUAACAAGUAAGCAUGCCACACAAUACUUUUAAUCAUUGCUAAUUGUAACUUUUUGAACACAUUUUACUCCUAUGUUGGAGCUGAGUUUCUCUUCACUAAAAAUUAAAUCAGAUUAGGAGAUAGUUUUGUGGCAUUUUGCGGUUAUUUGUAAGCAGUUUUUGCACAGGUACAUACUCUAAUGUGUUUACUGCAGUGUUAUUAUUAUUUACUUUUGAAAUUCAUCUUCCAUGGACCCAUUCAUGAUUCAUAAAACAAUGUAAUUUCAUCAAAAUGGAACCCAUCUGGUAAGAACUAUUAAAAACAUUACAUUCAUUCCACUUUAAAAAUGUUCAGUUUGGACCAGUUUCAACAUAAGUUAUCCUCCUUUCAAAAUAAUUAGCUAUAUUUUUGGAUAACUUCUGAAUAUAUACAUAAUAAAAUUUUACCUAUAAAUAGUGGAACAUAGAUGCUGUAAUACUUUUCUUUUAAUGAUUUUGUGAAUACAAUUUUUAUUUCAAUAUUAUCCAACCAAAGAUGCUUAAAACCCUAUUACAUUCAUGAAAAAUAAUUGAGAUAUUAAAAUAGCUGUACUUCUUUGAAUGUUGUUAAUGAGGUUUCAUUGUAAUCAUAUUUUUUAUAAGUAUGACUGAAUUUGUGAAUAGAUUCCUUAAAUUUUAAGUAAAUUCAGCAUGACUGUUGCAUUUAGUUAUAAACAUUAACUUUGUGAACAGGAGCAACUUAUUUUAUGGAUACAUUUAAAAUUCGUAUUAUGGCUCUUACUGAAUUAUUUUCAUGCUAGAAAUAAAAGACUGGUCUUGAAGUAGACUGCACUUUUGGAAUACUGAAAAAGAAUGAAAACAAUGGAAGUUAGAUUAAGUGUAAGACUGAAUAAGAAGUUGACAAAUAAUGUAUAUCUGUAACAUAUAAUUGAAUAAUUCAUUUUUCUCUUGGACUUGGCAUAACUGUCCCAGAAGAAGCUUUUUGUCUUUUAAAUAGCAGUUACUUUGCUUAAGAUGCUAAUAGAUAAUUGUGCUCAAAGAUUUUUUUUCCUCUUGGAGAAUUCUUACACUGUAGGAAAUGUGCAUGCUACUGUAUCACCUGUUGUCAUAGUAAAUUAUUAGAAUCCAAUUAAUACUUGUGAUCUAAUUAAUUAUGUUAACUCAUUAAUAAAAUGUCUUUUAUGUAGUGAUUUUAUCUGUUGAAUAAAAAGAAUUUA